GAAAAAAAUACAUCGUUCAGUUAAGUCAUGUUCCAGUCUUACGAACAUCUGGGCCCUCUUUGCUGGAUUUGUGCCGAUCCUGCACUGGUUGCCAAGAUACAACUGCACCGACUACCUCCUGUGGGAUGUUGUUGGUGGCCUUACGACCGGUAUCAUGCAUGUACCGCAAGGCUCGUCCCUUUGUUAAAUUUCUAUGAAAUUAAUAUUUAUGCAGUUUAGGC